AUUGGGUUGUUUCAAUUUGCUUUGUUGUAAUGACUUGAUUCUCCAUUGAGGAUCAUUCGAAAUAUAGUUCUUCUUUUCAUCGUCAGUGAUCAGUUCUUUCAGGUCAAAAUGGUUUUGUGUCCCUUGGUGGAGGAUUUACAAAAAUGGUGAUGGUUUUCAUUUCAACGAUUAGAUAAGAGAAUCGUACCAUUUGUCAUCAAUUGUGCAGUAAUUGUGCCUUACAGAGGUUGUCUCAACCAUCGGUCAAACUCAUGUCUAUCCGAAAAAAAAAUUAUCUUUAAGUUCUUCAUUUUCGAUUUCAUGUAGUUAGACGAUGAUUGUUUGUUUUAUUUACUUUCUUGACGUCGACUGAUUUUUAUUAGACCUUUUGGCUUUAUUCGUUUUUUUUUCACUUUGAUUUGUUUCUUCUGUUUUAUUUCUUUCAACUUUUAAAACUUGUUCUUUCAUUUGACGAAUACAGCAAAAUAAUUGCUUUUUCUAUUUUAUUAGCAACGAAGUCAUAUUUAAUGAUAUCUUCCCGAUUUACUUUUAUCAAGUAUUUCGAACUCCGUUUUCCUGGGGAAAAAUCCCAGAAUAACAUCAUAGCUUCAAUUUUAUACCAUCGUGAAAAAUAGACUUACUGCCAAUAUCAGUAUAUUUACAAGGUGAUGUCGCUAUUAGACGCAAACCGCAAUGAUUUAAAGCUGAAUUAAUUUCAUAAUAACAUUUAAGUUAUUCUGACUUGUUUCAAUUGUUGUUAUUUUCAAAACUUCUUCAAAGCUCAACCAAUUUUUUAUUGUUCCCAUAUGAUUGUGUCUUCAUUUUGCAACAUAAAUUUAUUUUAAAACUAGUAAAAACUAGCUGUUUUUAAGAAAAUUUCAAUCGGUUUUCUUAAUUUUGUUUUCUUUGCGGUCUAACUUUUUCUAAUUUAUUAUCUAAUAUUAGAUAGUUAGCUAACUCAUUAUAAUGCCAAGUUUUACAAUUAAUGAAAUUGGCGCCAGUUUAGUUUUCAGUGGCUUAUUUAUCGUGGUGCGAAAAAUCAUCGAAACCUCAAUAGCAGAUUUGGCAAUAAAACAUUUCGCCCGACCAGGGUCGGAAAUUCUACGAAAUCCCAAAACCGAACACAAGUAUCGAGAAGGCUGUUGGAAAUUAUUUAUUCACGCUUGGAUUGUGUUAUAUGGUUUGAUUGCUUUACUGCCUUCCGAAUUCUUAUACGAUUCUCAGCAAUUAUGGAUCGAUGCCUUAAGCCAUAAAAUGACCCCCGUUUAUUAUUGGUAUUACAUGAUCGAAUUAGGCUAUUAUUUCUCGGAAGUGUUAACACAUUGUGUAGCAGUGAAACGAAAAGACUUUAUUAUAAUGUUAUUGCAUCAUGUGGUCACUAUUCUUCUUAUAGUUACAAGCUAUCAUAAUAAUUUAUUUCGAGUUGGUAUGUUGAUGAUGUUGUUUCACGAUUUGAUGGAUCCGUUCUUGGAGUUGGCCAAAAUCGGAAAGUACUUGAAGUUGCAGAAGUUUUCUUAUCUCAUGUUUUUUCUGCUGACCAUCACGUAUUUCUACACAAGACUGUAUCUGAUCCCGUUCUACGUGUGGAGGAGUGUGAUCUACGAGGUGCCGGUGGUACUGCUCCCAACUCUUGACCUCACAGAUGGACACUUCAUGCGUCUCUUCUACUUCUGCAACCUUCUCAUAGCCAUACUCAUGGCCCUCAACUGUGUAUGGGCAUACUUCCUCCUACAGGCCAUCGUCAGGUUCACAUCAGGAAGGGAACUUGCUGAUACUCGGUCUGAUGACGAACACAACGACUGAAUAGGUCUCAUUGAUUAUUCUAUUAUUUUCUUUUCUUGUCUCGUCUCUUUUUGGAUGGUGCUAUCUAAUUAACUAAUAUCACCAAUCCAUGGUUAAAAUUUAUAGCUAUAAGAUGAAUUGAAUAAUAUAUAUGUCAAAAAGGUUUGAAAGUUACAAAUACAAAUUUAAACAGAAGAAAGAGCUUUAUAAAUCUAUGACGUGAUAAACACGUUUAACACUGUAAGCGGAGUUACUGCAAAUACUGGAAUAGUUCUUCAACUUCAGGUAUUCUAAUUGAAAAACACUGAAAAAAAUGCUAAUUAGAAUUUGAUGUAACUUAAAUUUUAAAUUGAUUGAUGUGAAUUUGAAAAUUUUUAAUUGUUUAGUUCUGCCACUGCGUGGUGUUAGUUUUUGUUGAGUUGUUUUGAUUUAUAAUUUCAAAUGAUAACGAA